GGGGCAAAGGCACAUUCCAAGGCAGAACGGCUGCCAGUGAAGGUGGAAGGCACCGGACUCAGUCUCUCACGAUAUUGCGCUGCGCCGCUAUCCUCUCCCGACCGCGGUCGCUUCCUUUCUUCGGGGCCCGCUCUCUCCGCAGGCCCGUGGGACCGUGCGAUACUCCGCCAGGCCCCGAUGGAAUCGGAUUAACGAGGUGAUACGUGCUUGUGAUCUGGCCCGGGAAAAAAGGAAGGAACGGAUUUUCCCCAGUGCGCGAGUCGUUUCGGGUUCGUUCGUCGCGUAUGUGUGCUCGGCGGUGAUCGUGUGCGCGGUGUGCGCGUGCGGUCGUCUUUUUUGGCGGCACGCGUGGCCGCACCGGACCCGACGUUUCGAAAAUGCGCACGCUUAGCGGCGUGUCCCGGUAUCCCAGUGGGAAGACCAAGGAACAGGGAGCCCGCGGCGAAAAUAGACCACAGCCUCGUGUUCAGAUCCGCGCUGAGAUCGUCGGGCAUGCGGAAGAAGCGUCAACGGGAGACAGUGAUUGAGAGGACCCGGGAGAGCAGACGGGACCGCUUGAAUAUUCGAUCGUGCAGGUAGAAAGAUGUCCCAGCCGCAAUUGACCACCGACCUGGACGUUCCGGAAAGUCCGCAACACUCUUGCCAAUGCUCGGCGAUGAGCAGCAUGGACUCGAUGAGAGCGCAACGGGACAGGGCGGAGAGGGGCGUGGGUAGCACAAGAAUUUCGAACAGUCAAGAACUCCCUAGGGGUCUGGAGGCACUCCAGAGCGCUUUCGAGCCGAUAAGGAGACUGGAAAGUCCGCUGUCCCAUCAGGAAAGCCAACAGAUCAAUUUGGAGAACAGCAGGGCCGUCGAUAUCAUGGAUCAUCAGUCGGGCCUGUCGCCGAAUCCGCGGUCGAUCGAGAGCCAGGGGGCGGCGAUUUUGUCGAGGCACGGCCAACAGCAGCAGCACGGGCUCUCGUGCAGCCCGAGGAACUUGGAUCUCUCUCGAAACUUGGCGUUCGAGGCCGCGAGGCGAGUUCAGGAAUCCGGCAGCGGCCUGCAGGAUAACCAACACAGCCUAACUUCGAGCCCUAGCCCUUUGUUGGAGGCGAGCGCUGGCUUGCUGGAAGCGUCCGCGAAAGAUCUGGACAAGCAGUUGGAGGAUCAUGCGGCCGGGUUAUCGCCAAAGCAGGCCGCGCCGGGCAAAGAUAAGCUGAAGAAUAUUCAGCAGGUCUUGAAUCCUUAUCAGCACCAUCACGAGCCGGCCUCGGCGGAUCGCAACGUCCACGGGCAUUUCCACGGGGACGGUCACGCGCACGUCCACAAACACGGCUCGGACAACUUCCGGAGCGGCGGGAAUUUGGACGGGGCCGAGGGGCUGAUGGGAUUUCAGCAGCACCAGCGGCAGCACACCCAUCAUCACCACGGGAACGCGAAGACCACGAACAUCGGCCAUCACCACGGGCCGGCCACCGUGCAUCAUCCGCACGGACCGCAAGGAAUGACGGGCCAUCAUCACGGGAACCUGGCGCCCAGCCUCGCCGGCCACGUCCACGGAAAUCCCGGGCCGCUGAGCGGACCCGGCCCGAAUCCGAUGAGCCAGGCAGCCGUCGGCAACCCUAACUCGCAUCAUCAUCCGAACGCGUCAUCCGGCAUGGCUCACAGAGCAUCGCCGACGAGUCAUCAUCGUCUGGCCAGCGCCGCGGCGCUGAGCAGUCAUUACCCUUCGAACCCGGGUUUCGCCGGCGAUCAUCACGGGACGUCCAGCGCCAUGAGCGGCGCCUCGUCGAAUUCGAGCAUGCUGAAUCACGGCGGUUCACCGGCGGUCCAUCGGCACGCGGUGAACGCCAACAGCAGCCUGUCGACCACACCCCUGGCCGGUCAUCAUCGCGGCAGCUCGUCCGGCAGCUUGACCGGACACUCCAGCGUGAACCAUCAUCAUGUCAGCUCCGGGAUUUCCUGCGAGUCCUCGUCGUCGAACGCGAACACGAGGACGCACAGCCGGCUCGACCACGUUCACGACCAUCAUCAUCACCUGCAGCAAGUGCACGCGCUGCACCCGGGCCACCCCGACUCCAGGCAGAGGGACCGGGCACCGUCCAGCCUCGAGCACCAUAGCCACCAUCAUGGGCACAUUCAUAGUCACGGGCAUCAGCACUCGCAAAACAAUGAUACCAAAAACUCCUCGCUCAUCGGGGUCGACUCGAUUCAGGUGUCGGCUCCUUCGAAGAGCAAGUGUCAAUGCCACGUGAUGCAGACCGCGGGGAACAAGAGGGGGCAGGAGGGUGAGAGCGACGCCAGCGUUGAAGUGGCGUCGAGAACGCAUCAACCGCCAGCAUUGCCGCCUAGGCCACCCCCUAGGCCGACCAGGCGGUACGAAACAACGUCUGCCAAUCAAUGCCACACCGGCGAGGGCGGCUGCUGCAAGAAGUACGUGGUCCUUUGUUGUCUGUGCGGCGGGCUGAGCGCCGCGGUCGGCAGUCUCUUUUUGGCGGUGCACGCGGUCCUUUCAGCCCACACGGCCAGUCUAGCACUCUUUGAGACUGUACCGUCUUACAUUCCUGGCAUAAUGUUAAUUUUAAUGGGGCUGUUCACCAUGCUGCUCGCGAGGCGGAAGCACAGAUACGGGCUCCUGAUGAAAGUUUGCGGCUCCGUCGGCGUGGUGUGCGCCUUGGUUUGCGUCCUGGUUACCGUCACCACCACCGUCAUCCACAUGUCGCGGCUCCAAGGUCUACGGAAAUGCGUGUACACUGUCAAAGCAAGGUCGUGCACGUGUUACGGAGCCCCGGAAGGAGACCCCGGCGUGCUCUUCGAGGGCACGCCGCACUGCGAGGCCGUCCACGGAGCACUCCACGCUUGCCUCAGAGCCCUGUUCGGAGUCUCGGUCGCCGGAAUCCUCGCCUGCAUAUUCUCCUGCAUGCUGGUGUACCAGUUGCUCAGUCACGAGAAGAAGAAGAUGUACUGGGAGCAGUUGGAGCUCCGAUGCAGAUCGCUCUACGGCCAGGGAGGCACCGUGGGACCGCCGACAGGAUCCUGCGGGUGCUGCAACGAUUGCGGCGGCGCGAGUCCUUGGUGGGCCCAGACUCCGGGAAACCUGUACACGCCUAAUCCAGACCUGGCGCCAUCCAGAAGAUGGCGACUGCCCUGGUCGAGGUCCAGGGGACCAGCGCCGAGCCCGGACUCCAAUUACGGCUUUCACACUCAGGCCAGGCAGACGGAGGCGAGCGCAGAGAACGCGAACGGGCCCUACAGCGUGCUCAACUCGCAGCCGAGCGGGCCCUACUCCGUUCUGAACACUCAGAACGGGCCCUACACACCCAGCACCGCUUCCUACAGCGUCCUGGAGACACCCGUGCCACUGUGGGGCCCGCCGCCGCCGUACAGCGACCCCAACAGUCCCGCCAGGCGACCCCAAGUGGCCGAGCAGAGGCCCAGGAUCGCUAAACGGAUAGAGAACUUCGAGAAUAAUGAAG